ACUUCAUUUUAUUUAUAAUAGAAUGACCAAAUUGAUGGAAUUAGCGACCCUUCAACCUAAAAGACCAAUAAACACGAAGAAGCGUGGUGUUAGAAAAAAGCAAAGAAUUAAGGACUUACUGAAUGUUCCCACAUGUACUCCACACAGUAAUUUGCACCCUACCCUGUCACCUUCAGAUGUCUUUGAGCAACCACAGCAUGUAGGUCUUAAAAAGAUUGAGUUCCAUAUUACUACUGACAUCCCAUCUGUUCUUCAGAUAAACUCAGAAAGAGAAGAAAAAAAUGAUCUUUAUGCUACCACGGAAGAAAUCAAUAAUACAGGAUUUGGAAGAAUUUUCCCAACUCCUAGCUCAAAUGAUAAAAUGGAAACAGAGGAAGAAGAUGAUGAAAUACCAUCAGAGUUUAUUUCUAGAAGAGAACUAGAGAAAAACAGACUUUCUAGAGAAGAAAUGGAAAAAUUUUCUGUUUUUAAAAACUAUGAGCCAGGUGAACCAAAUUGCCGGAUAUAUGUGAAGAAUUUGGCUAAACAAGUGCAAGAAAAGGAUCUCAAGUUCAUUUUCGGAAGAUAUGUUGACUUUGAGUCAGAACUGGAACGAAAUAUGUUCGAUAUACGUUUAAUGAAAGAAGGCCGUAUGAAGGGUCAGGCUUUCAUUGGACUUCCAAAUGAAAAAGCAGCUGCUAAAGCUUUAAAAGAAGCAAAUGGAUAUGUCUUAUUUGAAAAACCCAUGGUCGUUCAAUUUGCUCGUUCGGCUAGACCAAAGCAGGAUUCCAAUGAUGUGAAAAGAAAAAAGUAGAACAUAGCAAAAGGUAUGGAUACUUUGCCUAAAAAUGACAGCGUUUUGUUUUUCAUUUUGCUGCCUUUUUUAUUUUUUAUGAUUGCUUUAGGAAUAGUGACAGUGAAAGAGAAAUACUCCAUACAAUGUUCUUUUCUUAAAUGUACUCUUCUGUCAGGAAACCAGUUUGCAGGAUGUGUAGUUGGUUUAAGAUUCAAGUUUGCUUUUUCAUCUCAACCUCGAGUCUGUUAUUUUCCUUAUCUUGAGAUCCUAGGAUAGUUGUCUGCAUUUUCUGAUCCUUAAUGCUGGGAGAUUGGAACUUGGGGAGAAUGACUUCAUGGAAUUUGAGCAUUUACGUUUUUAGUAAUGUUCUGGGAUUUGGCUUCAAAAGGAGUGGCAGCUUUGCCCUUUUCUGUCCUUACUCACACCACGCAUGCUGUAAAGCUGUUUCGGAUAUUUGUUCCCAGCAAUAAACUUGUUUCUGCCACCUCUGUCAAUGAGAUCUUAGUACUACUACUGCAGCAUCUCUUAAGCUUGUCUGAUUUAGGAAAUGUUUGUGUUUCUGAAAAUAUUACUUAAUAAUGCAGUAAUUGAGACUUGCUUUGCUACAGAGUGCACAGGUGCUGAUUUUUUUUAAAACAUUUGUCUAAAUUGAUGAGAAAUUAACUUUCUGCUAAAAGUAAUCACUUCAUACAGUACAUCUUUACUUCACUAGCACUUACUCUUAAGUAUUUGCUUUAUUCUAAAGUAACUGAAGCAAAAUUGUGAGAAUUUCCAUGGCCCCCAAAAAUUUGGGUACUGAACUGUCUUAGACAGAAACACUGUUCUCAGCCUGCACUCUCUGAUAAGGUAGCAAGCUCAAAUUUGAAGAGCAUUUUAUCUGAAUUACAUGUUAUGAUUGAACAUCUCUCUGGAUAUCCAUCUCCUUAUCUUAGAACUUAAAGCUUAGGUUGAGUGCUUUAGAAAAAUACUGCUUACUCCUGUAUGUUUUUUAAUCUGAAUGUCUUGGUCAUUACUUAA